UUUUUAUGUAUGACCGAUGAGCUACAAUGACGCUAAAGUAAUAUUCCUGUGGGUCACGCCUGCUCAACUGCUCCUAUAUCUCGCCUCCGGUUGUUUCGUCCCGAACGCCAUGUCCAUACCGGAGUACUGGGUUCACCCGACUCUCACGAAUGCAAACCUGACGUCCGAGCCGGUUCUGGUCCUUUCGGCGUGUGGGAAAUGGGCUGCCGAAGAAGCUAUGGAAUCGCUCCGAUCCGUCGUCCUCUUCACCCAGGUGCCGUUCCGAUGCAUCGUCGUCGCGGACCGGAGCGCCACCAAGGUGCUGAAGCAUCUUCGCGGAACCAUGCCCCCCCACGUCCGAUUCGAGAUUAUGGACCUCACAAUGCACCUCCCUUGGUGGGAGCGUUCCUAUGUGGAGAAGCUUCAGCACGAAUCCUGCACGCGGCAAAGGCUCUACCUCCCCGACAUGCUGCCCGACGUCCACUUCGCGCUUUACGUGGACACGGACACGCUGUUCUUCGCAGGCCUCGAGGAGGUCUGGAAGGAUUUCAACCGCCUUGAGGCCUCCCACUUGAUGAGCCUCACUUUGGAGCACGAGACCACCUCCCAACACUCUGCCUACCAGAACUGGCGGCGCAUCCCCUUCUACGGGCAGACCGGCGUACAGGCAGGGAUCACAUUCCUGAACUUGGACAAGAUGAGGAGCGCUGGGUGGGUCAACGAAGUGCAGGAGAUCCUGCGCGAGUAUAACGCGUUCCUCCAGUUAGUGGAACAGGAUGUGAUCAACAUCUACGGUCACCGUCACCCCGAGGCCUUCAAUAUCGUAGACUGUCGAUGGAAUUACAGAUACCUGCGGGUCACACUCGCUCCUCUGCUGUUAUGUCUUGCGUCCGGCCUCUCCGUCCACUACAUCGUGUUCUUGCCGGACUACUGGGUGCACCCGACUCUCAUGGAGGCGAACCUGACGUCCGAGCCGGUUCUGGUCAUUACGGCAUGUGGGAAAUGGGCUGCCGAAGAGGCAUUGCAGUCGCUCCGAUCAGUCGUUCUCUUCACCCAGGUGCCGUUCCGAUGCAUCGUCGUCGCAGACUGGAGUGCCACCAAGGUGUUGCAGCACUUACGCGGAAACAUGCCGCCUCACGUCCGAUUCGAGAUUAUGGGCCUCCAUAAGCGCCUUCCAUGGAGCCAAAAUCCCUAUUUACACAAGCUUCAGCACGAACCUUGCAAGUGGCUAAGGCUCUACCUCCCCGACAUGCUGCCCGACGUCCACUUCGCGCUUUACGUGGACACAGACACGCUGUUCUUCGUAGGCCUCGAGGAGGUCUGGAAGGAUCUCAACCGCCUUGAGUCCUCCCACCUAAUGAGCAUCACAUUGGAGCACGAAAUCACCUCUGAACACCCUGCCUACCAGGACCAGAGGCGUGUCCCCUUCUACGGGCAGACUGGAGUACAAGCGGGGGUCACGUUCUUGGACCUGGAGAAGAUGAGGAGUGUUGGGUCUGAGCACUGCCAAGCGAAAGAAAAUAGCUGCCCUCCAGCUGAACGGAAUGGGAUAGGAAUCUUGCACGGGGCAGGAAAUGCAUUCAACAACUUCCAAUACCCAGAGAUUUCAACAGCGGCCAAGGUAUUCCAGGAAUGGGACCCGAGAGAGCGGAACGCCUCGGCGAUGGCACGCGAGAUGGAGCGACGGCUGGCCCGUCUCGCCAACUGCCCACGCCGCACCUGCGACCCCCAAAGACUCCACAUCUUCUCCAAGGCUCUCCAGAUGAACGUCCCGCUCGUAACCCACGUGGUUCCUAAGUUCGUGUGUCCUCAGAAUAUUGACUCUUGGUGA